GAGGGGGGGACGUCAGGCCAAGAAGAAUUUGGUUUAAUCACACAGGAUAUUGAACUACUCUGCAGAUCAUGGCUGACUUUGACCUGGUGCUGAAGUGUUGGGGUCCAGUGGAGGCGGACUACGCAGGCUAUGGGAGCCUGGUUCUGACUCGUUUAUUCGUAGAGCACCCUGACACCCAGAAGCUAUUCCCUAAGUUUACCGGCAUCACCCAGGGUGACAUGGCUGCUGACGCGGGGAUUUCCGCCCACGGUGCCACGGUGCUGAGGAAGCUGGGCGAGCUGCUGAAGGCCAAAGGCAGCCACGCCGCCAUCCUCAAGCCUCUGGCCAACAGCCACGCCACCAAGCACAAUAUCCCCCUCAACAACUUCAGGCUGAUUGCAGAGGUCAUCGGUAACGUCAUGGGAGAGAAGGCUGGGCUGGACGCCGCCGGGCAGCAGGCCCUGAGGAACGUGAUGGCUGUCGUCGUCACUGAUAUGGAGGCCGACUACAAACAGCUGGGCUUCACCGGCUGAAAGUCACACAACGUCAGAGCAGGGAUGACAGACAAGGAAAUGUUCCACCUGCAAGAUUACAAAUAAUAAUAAAAAAUGAGCUGAUCUUCUGUAAACAUACAUCAACUAAAAGGCGAUGAAAGUGUAUCCAUCACAGCACCUCCAAGAAUGACAGCCUCAUGUAUUGCUAUAGAAUUAAGGAUUGUAGGAGAGAGGAGCUUUCAGUGUUAUUGUUCAUUCUUAUUUCAGUUAAAUGCGAUUGAUCUCAUCUCUUCUUGACGAACAACAAACUAUAUAAACACUAUGUCAAAUAUUACCAAUGCAAUCAAAAUAAAAGCCAUGACUCUA